AUGACAAAGAGAACUAGCACAGAUGGAUCAUAUAAAAUGAUAGCCUGCCAUGUGGAAGGGUUUCCCAAACCAGCAGUACAAUGGACUAGCAGUGGAGGUGUCAUAAAUAAAGCAAGUAAUUUUCUCCUUACUUCUUGCAUAUUCCUUUCAGUCAUAGCAAAAGACAAAUAUUAGAGGCAUGCAAACAUACCUAAAUCCAUUCCAAUAUUUCUUCACACUUCCAUCUUGUGUAUUCCAUUCCAUUGUAAUUGAUUUAUUUUGCACAUGUCUGUGUCCCAGUUUACCAUCCGCUGAUGAGGAAAUAUACAUAUUUUAAUGUGUAUUUUUUGUAGCACACAGUAGAGAUACAUGUUUCAGCUAUCAACAGAUAUUUACAAAUCAGUUAUGUUCCUUGUGUCUUCCCUUUCCAAGUUAAUUUAGUUUCUAGAGGGGUAGUCAGUUAGACUUUCACAUCAAAACAGCUCUUCUCUCCUGACACUUUAAAGACAAAGCUAAUCAAGUGGUUAAUGGCCAAUCACGAAACUAUCAACAGCUGCAAUUCCAAAUGUUUCUACUCAGAAGUAAAUCCCAUGGAUUUACUCCAAAGCAAAUGGGAUUAGAAUUACAGCCACCCUCACUGCCUUGAUUUCAGGCACUGGCAGUGAGGACAGUUUAGUUAUAUUAAGACAAGAAAACUUCAGGUAAGAGUGGGAAGGAAAAUAAUUUAACAUUUCAUUUUGCUUUUGAAAUGAAGAUUUAGGAUGGUUGAAACCGGCCAGUCAAAUCUAGAUGGUUCUUCUCACUUUGCUAAAGAGGCUAAGAAAAUCCAAAAGAAACAAAAUAUAUCACUUCUUUCCAUAUGAAAAGAAUAAUGCUUUCCACUGCUUUUUUAAAAUUCAGAGUGGGAAGCAGUUUAAGGCUGAAAUCCUAACACCACUUACAUGGAAGUAAACAUCAUUGACUUAUGACUUCUGGUUAGGAUUGCAGUUAUAAUACGUAUAGGUUGCCUUUGGCAAUAGACAUCUACUGUAUUUUUUGCGCCAUAAGGCGCACCUGACCAUAAAACGCACCUACUUUUUUUGGGGGGGGGGGAAUUCAAGGAAAAAAAAUUUAUUUAAAGGGAGCGCUGAGCAGAGCCUGAAUAGAACAUGACCCACUGUUUCAAUUUGACCACUGUUGCAUGAGCAGAAACACUUGCCAUGAGGAAUCUUUCUAUAUCUUCCUUCCAAUAGUGCAGAAAGUAGAAUGUUCUACAGUGGGAAGUGGGAGAAAAUGUGUUGGGGGAAGGCAGAUAUUAAAAUUUAAUUCAGAGUUUAAGUUGAGUUUCAUUCUAGAAAUUUUAGAAAGAAACCUAAACUCCCAUGAUAAACAGUGUUACCAUUUGUGUGUAUAUACAAAAGUACACAUAUGCAGAGUACUUAAUUUAGAUAUUUAAGCAAAGCUACUAAUGUAGCUUUGCACACACACACACACACACACACACACACACACACAAGUCUUUGUCCUUUCUACAAACUUUCAAAAUAUUCUCUUUUUCUUUCCAGACAGAGGAGACCAAAUAUGUAAAUGGAAAGUUUAUCAGUAAAAUCAAAAUUGCUCCUGAAGAGAAUGUUACGCUGACGUGUAUUGCGGAAAAUCAGCUGGAAAGAACUGUGACCUCUUUGAACGUAUCUGCUAGUAAGUACUUUUAUUUUAUUUUAAAAGAUUUAAAACGGCAAGAGCAGGACUGAUGGCUCUUUCAUCUUUUCAUCUACUUUCACACAAAAUAUCCAUCACUGUCCUCACUCUCUCGUGUGUGGCUCUGUGGUGGAAUGUUGUUUACAAGUUGCUUCAUUGUCCUCACAUAGACAAGGAGAAGGGGGAAGCGUACACUUUGCAACUCAUUUCUCAGAACUGGGUUGCCAUGGUAAAUUUCUGACACUUGUUUCUUUUUCGAGAAGAUGCCCAGAAAUGCAAAAUGAGUUUGGCUACACUAAUACACUUCUAGCUGAUAAGUCUCCAUGCCACAGAAGCCCAUCAUAAAUCAGGCUUUUGUUAACUAUUAGUUUUUCAUGCACAGCCUGCUGCAUUCUGUUCUGUCAUUGGUUUUUUUUGGUUUGUUUGUUUUUUGAAAGCUUGUCAGAAAUAUCUGAGAUGUCACCAUUACCUUCUGUGCAAGACCAAAUAAGUGUUCUAAUUAAAUUCAUCAGUUUGGACACUUGUUCAUUUAGGAGCGGCUCAGCCUGCCUAUAGCAAUCUCUAGGCAGAUCUACCUGACAUUUUCUUGCUCCCUGGUGUUUUGUAAUUUAGAUAAUGUGACCAGCAAAUGACUUCUAUGCACGUUUACUUAGCAGAGGGUACCACUGAAUUCAGUGGGAGCCACUGUGAAGGUAAUGUAUGUAGGACUGCAGCCGUAAUCAAUUAUCAGUUCUAGGUGACGAAGAUGUUGCCUCAGUGCUUGAGUCAGAAUAAAUUAUCUUUCCAGCUAUACCCUGUAAGGUUCCAGAUGACCUCUGUAAAAAUAUACUGAAGACUCCCAGUUUUAAUUUUUAAAAUGUAUUAGUAGCCCUCAGAGUUCAAGAUGGGGCAACGUCUGUCCCCCUGUAUGGUCAGUCCACCACCCUUUCAUGCAAGCAGCCAUGCAAGCUUUUCUUUUUUGGUCUGAAUAGACCUGGGCAAAUGGAAAACCAAUGGUCAUUUUAAAGAAUCAGUCUGGUGUCAUUCUGUAUUGAGCUAUGGCAUUCCAGCUGAAAGUAUCAUACAACCAAUUCACCGGGAACGCAGUUCUGUUUAGGGGCUCUCCUCAUACCUCCAUAAGAGGCUGUGCCACUCAUGCACUUAAGUUAUUUUGAACUGUUCCCCUGUGACACAGAGCUAUGGGUAUACCAGACAUUUCCACGGUAAAAGUGGAAAUCUUCCAUCUUAAGCUUUGCAUGACACAUCCGCAAGUCACUAUUCAGUGUCAAAUGCCACAUCCAUGUGUGAGAGGCCAGCCAUGCUAUGGUGAAUUUCUGUGCUGCUGCUUGCUGCCUUAAAAAAGAAAAAAGCAAUGGGUUCACAAUACCUUGUGGCCAUCAGAGGAUAAUUAGGUUGCUUGUCACUAAGAAAACCAACCACCAGAUACCUGUGACACACAACCACAUUCCAAGAGGAAAUCACAGUAGUAGUGAAUUCUGUCUGGUGAAUUAUCAAGUUUCCCAGAUAAAAAAAUCUGGAGUUCUGAAGGCUUUGAAAAUAUACAAUCCCUUCAUCUGAAGUAUAAAUUGUGAGGGCUGGGCAUAACCAAUAAGAAUUAAAUGCCCAGUUGCUGCACAAUAAACAGGUUGGCUUAGAAGACUAAUCCUUAGCUAUUCAUGAGAUAAUGACCAUCCUAUCAUGAAGCCUUGGCUGGGGAGCUUAAUUUCCUGAAUUUAGAGAGCGUGCUUUGCACUGUCUUUUCUAGAUCCCCCAGCUUUGUAAAUCACAUCAAUUUCUGGGAGUGCAGUUUUUGCAGUUGAAUUUGCAGUGGGACUUGCAUGGGCAUCCCUUCCUGGCCUGUUUAUUGACUCCAGCACACACAUUGAUCAAGGGAUGUUUGGAUGAAUUCACCCCAGGGUGCUAAAGUUUAAUCAACUCUCUGUCUACAAUAAUCAAGUGAUGAAAAGUCAGCAUGCAGUACAGGGGAACACAUAAAUACUUCUUCUGACUAAGCAUUUGUAAGAUUAAACUUGUCAUUUUUGGAAUAAAGCGCUUUCAUAUGAUACAUUAUAGAUAUAAAGUAAGGAUUGCUGCCUAAAAAAAUAAGAUUAAUCAUUUUGUUGUGUGGCUGAUGCUGCAUUAAGUAUGAACACUUCUGGCUCAGCUGAAAAAUAGAUCAUUUUAUUGUUAAAUAAAUAUCAGAGCAGAUUGGAAGCUUUGAAGGUGACUUUCAUACAUCAGCAGCUUUUUUUAAAAAAACACAUUUUUCCCACCCUUUUCAGUAAGUAUUCCUGAAUCUGACGAACCAGAAGAAAAAAGUGGUAAGUACAUAAAAACAGAACACCACUUACUUGGCACAGUUAGAUUUUUAAAAUGUUUUAUUCUCUUUCCUUGCCUGCUCCAUUCAUAGGAAAGAGCAGGCUUCUUUUCUUCUUAAAAUAAAAUGUUAAAUUUUAAGGCUGCAAUCCUAAAAUAGAGGGAGCAAAUUACAAAGGCAGUUUAACUGGCUUAUCCAGUCUCUUGCCUAUGUAUUAUAGAGAUUUUAUUUAUUUAUUUAUUUAUUUAUUUAUUUAUUUAUUUAUUUAUUUAUUUUUGGGGAGAGAUGAGCUUGCUCAGAAAACAUAUCUAGUCCCCAUCCCCCACCCCAUCCCUGGUUGAAGAGUGCUGGGGACAGGAGUAAUUUGGAUCCCAGCCACUUCCUGGAUGCCCCCUUUCAGCCUUUCUGACAUCUGACUUCAGAGAAGCCAAUAAAAUUGGGGAUCUUCCUCUCCAAAACUGGAACUCUGUCUCAGAUGUUGCAUAUAUCCACUAUAUCCCAUGACCUCUAGAAGUCUCUCAAGGGAAAUUGCACCCUUAACAUAUAUUUUAAAAUUCUGAAAGGAUAGCUGCACGUCCACCAGUUUAUAAUAUUACUGGUCUUGGACUAUAAGUGAGUGCUAGAAGAUAUUAAGACUGCCCUACUCAAAUGCUUUAUUCCAGAAUCUAUAAGCUGAUCCCUCACCUAGUUCUGGAGUAAGGAACACAACCACAUAUGUAGCAUCAGAGCAGAGAGAGAGGAUGGUACUCAGCUUUGUUUUACUCAAGAGUACACCCAUUGAAAUUAAUGAACAUUGCUAAGUUAGGUCUAAUGGGCCAGAUUCAGCUCAAUAGUAGAGCUACUGGGAGCCAGUGCAACAAGUCCUGCUUGUGCAACACAGCUUCCCCCCACUCUCCUUCCUCGUGCCACCCCAAUCAGUUUGGGGGUUGGGGGGUUGGGAGAACCCCCAAAACAGUGAAUGGGGGGAGAAGGGAGAUUAUUCCAUUGGGCAGACAGGAAUGUUUGCACUGAAGGAAUAAUUGUAUUACUUCAACAUUUGCUGUUGAAUUUGCAGUGGGACUUGCAUGGGCAUCCCUUCCUAGCCUGUUUAUUGACUCCAGCAUACACAUUGAUCAAGGGAUUUAACAUAUAAUUCCACCCAUUAAUUUCAAUGGGUCCACUCUGAGUGAAACCUGGUUAAAUACCACCCAGGGUUAGAAGGAAGUUGAAUCCUAGUAAUUCAUAAUCUAUCUGUGGUCAGUGAGAACAAUGACAACAACAUUGCCAGCAACAACAUAGAUUUGUCAGAUUUGUCCAGGGAUACAAGUUCCUAAAGCCAUAGCUCACUAGUGGAGCUUUGCCUUUGUAUGUAGAAAGUCAUAUAUAUGUUCAGUCCACAGCAUAUCCAGCGAGGUCUGGAAGAGACUUCUAUCUGUUGGCAGUCAGUAUAAACAAUAAUGAACUAGACACAGACCAAUAGUCUAUGAGUCCAUAUAAGGCAGUUUUUUAUGAUCCUAAGUUCCAACAUCAAAAUUCAUUCACUAGAAGUUUCUAAGGUGCUGCUACUCUAAGGUCUAAGAAAUCUGCAGUCUGUAGAACUGUCCAAAGAUCAAUCUCCUGUGUUCUAGAAGCAUUUUUUUCCUCUAUUCAGAACCAAACAGUAGUGGUGCUUCUGAAUGAUGGCCCUCAUCUCCUGACUUCAAUAAGCAAAGGCCGACUUGUAUUCCCCAAAAUGUACAGCCUAUUCAGAUCCCAUGCUGAGCAUGGGAUCUGAAUAGCUCAAUGUCGAAAUGCUGCGUGCGCAGAUGAGUACGUCCUGAGAUGAGGGAAAGUGAGGCAACAGUGUGGCAGCAAAAGCACACACACAUACAUGAAGCACCUCAUGCUCACAAAAAGCACCUCAUAAUGCAAAAAAUGCACAGAUACCCUAAACAGAGAGUCAGGAAAUGUCACAGACACAUUCUUGGACAGAAAGCACCCACAUACAGAGUGAGCAAGCAUCUGAGACACACACAACCUGUAGAAUUCCUCUAAAAUUAUUUUGCACGGCAUUGUCUCAGAACCGCCAUCAGAUUUAAAGCUGAAAUUGACGUAUGUGGUCUGCACACUAAAAGCCACUGAUCCAGUGCUUGCCAACAUCGCCAGUGCUUGCCAGCACAGCAGAUGGAACCUAAGGCGUGGAUCCUUCUGGAUGCUCAAUAUUUUUAGAGAGACAAACCCAGGAAAUGUAUCAUACAUAACCACUUUGUCCCUUGACGUGUUCUGUGCUUUGAUGGUGGGACGUUUUAGUAUCCUGUGUGAGAAUCAUGAUGGGGGGGGUGGGGCUGUAAUUAGAUCCAUGUUUUUUGUGUCAUAGCUGCACUGGUGGAGACUGGAUCUGUGACCAAAGCAAUCUUUAAUUUGAUGGCUGUUUGAGAAUGGGCUUCCCAUGUAAUAAUAUCCAUACAAGAUAUUGAUUGUCCAUUUCUGAUUGAUUCUGGGCACAGCAGCCAUUUCAUGAUAGGUGAUGCCACCCACAGCAAGUAUUUAAUAAUGGCACUUUCCCUUAAUUCUGAAUGUGCCCCAAAGCCUAAGGGUAGAACUCUUUGGCACAGACACUUCCAGACUGCAGAAAAAAGGUGAGGGAAGAGAAUAUUCAGAUCAAACAAGUUUUCAUGUGCUCCCGUUCACGUCUCUGUUUUUGCAGAAUGCUUCUUUACUUUUUAUCCAUUCCAUCAGGCUCCUCCCUUAACUGUCACCUAACAGCAGUCAUUCCAUCAUGCCAUAGUAGAGAGAGAACAUACACUGCAUGGCUUCUCCAUUGGCUCAACUGAGAUACUAGUAACAUUCAGCUCCUCCUCUCCUUGAACUCAUUCCAUUCCAGCUUCUUGCUUCUAGAACUCUCUAACAAUGAACUAGUGCCUGAGUUUGGUUUUUUCCUACCCCCUCCCCAAUCCCUUUUCCUAUUCUGUCAUGACCCCCUUAUUGUUGAUAUUUGUUAACCUGCUCUGGCAGUCCCUUUUCAGCUAAGAGCGGAGUAAAAAUGCUUUAAAUAAGUCUCUCCAUAUUUGCCAAACAUUGGCAAAUCGGGAAAGAGAGGAUUCUGGAUUUUUUAUUUUUUAAAAAUUGCUUCUAAACCACAGGUCUUUUUACAGUUAGUAGACUGCAGUUAUCUGUAAAAGUUUGAUGAAACUUUAGGAGUGGUCCCUGAAAUAAAAUGGGGCUAUAGGACCUUUGUGGAGCAAAUGGGUUAAGGAUUGCAGCCAGUUAAAUCACUGUCAGUACCAUAAAAUGUGCAUGCUAUCAUAAUGCUCUUUUUCGAUCAACUUUUCUAGUUUAGAAACACUUUGGGAUAUGUAUAAUCUGUAGUCAGUUUUCCAUACUUUGUUUGAUCAAAACACUCCAUCAUCGUUUUCUUCUUUUGUUUUAGAUGAUAAUAGGGAAAAUGUUAAUGACCAGGCAAAGCUAAUAGUGGGAAUCGUGGUUGGUCUUCUUCUAGCAGCUCUGAUUGCUGGUGUUGCUUACUGGCUAUACAUGAAGAAAUCAAAGUAAGACUUCGCUGAUAAAAUUCUUUAACAUUUUAUAUUUUAUAAAAGAUACACUCUCUUUGCCAAAUUUACUUUAUAUAGCAUUCAGAAAACAUAGAUAGGAGUGUGGAUGUGAUCACCCAAUCCAUGGCCUUCUGUAUGUUCAUUUAUUUUAAACAUUUUGAUACGGCUCUUCAUCAGAAUUGAUCCCAUGGUGGUUUGCAAGGUGAACAGAAUACAAAUACACUAAAACACAGACAAGGAUGAGUCAGCAGUAAAAAGAACUUUAGGUGCCUGUGUAGAUUUUGACUGCUGCCUAAAAGAAUACAACAUGGCUUCCAAACAAGCCUCCUGAGGAAAGCACAUUCUAAAGCCAGGCUGCCACAGAGCUGACAAUUCCCUCUCUCUAGUUGCCACCCAUUUUACUUCUGACAGAGGAGACAUAUGGAAGGGCACCAGCAGAUGACCUAAAGGCAUGGGCAAGUUGUUAUGGGACUUGGUUCUCACGUACCUGGGUCCCAAGCCAUUUAAAGCUAAGGUGCAGAUUGAACACUCAUGUAGGAUAAAUAGAUACACUUGGAGACUGGGGUAGAGAUUAAACCAUCUGCCUGCCUCUCAUAAGCCCAGUGUCCAAGGCAGUGACAGGGAACAUUGCUUGCCCCCUCCCCAUAUGUUGGGCUACAGCAGCCAUCAUCUCUGACAAUUCUUCACACUGGCUGGAGCUUCUGGGAGUUACAGUUCAACAACAUUUAGCAGGCCACAAGUCCCCCACCCCUAACCUAAGGUGGCAGACAGGUUGUGUCCCCACUCCCCUAUCUCCCAGACAUAAAAUUCAACAGGUGCUCUUGAAACCAAGCCAACUCCUACAGUUUACAUAAAUCCCAAUUUUUCAUCUGCAUAGCUUUUCCCAUUGUUCUGUUUAUUUGUUAUGCUGGAGGAAGGGGGGAUGCUGAAAACUAGCUUUUAUACAUACCAAUAAAUAUGAAACAAAACUGUCACUUUUAUAAGUACAGCUUUAGAAAACUCAGACUCCUUGAUAUGGAUGUAGGGCAAGCACGCUAGUUAUGAAAUAUGCAAAAAUGAGAAUGGAAGCUUAGUCCACUACAUUAUAUACACGAAUACAGUCAUCCCUUGAUAGCCUGAAACAUUACAUGAUGACUGAGGAUAGAAAGCAGAAUGCUUUUAAAUGACUGUUAAGAUGGAUUUAGAUAACCUCAUUGGUCAUGUAAAGAUUACAGUUAUUCCAUGAUAGUCUCAGCAUUUGAAGCUUUCAUCACACAAUGGCAUGCAUCACAUCUCAUAAGAAUAAUAGUUCUCCAUGGAACUUCACAUUAGCUUUAAUCAAUCAGAAUGUAAAUGGAUUGUCAUUUGGUUGCUUAAUCUAGCCUUAGUUGAGCCUUAGUGCACAUGAGCUUACUGGAGGCACGAACCUUACAGCAAGUUAGGCUUGCCUCUCAUGUAAUUCUAAGAAGGAAUGAGCAGGUGUGGGGUAGGAGAUGGUUGCUUGUUCAGAUACUUUCUCCAUAGGUAAGUGCUAUAUUAAAAACAAUACAGUUUCAGGUAAUAUAAUGUGGUAUAAUUAAUAUCAUGGAAGUUGUAUUUUCAGUGUAUGAGAACUUCUGUUGUUAGGAGCUGUGUAUAUAAUGCAUCAAGAUAAGCUCUCAGAGCAAUGUCAGUAGAAUAUGUUUCAACUAUUUACAGUAGUACCUCAGGUUAAGUACUUAAUUCGUUCCGGAGGUCCAUUCUUAACCUGAAACUGUUCUUAACCUGAAGCACCACUUUAGCUAAUGGGGCCUCCUGCUGCUGCCGCGCCGCCGGAGCCCGAUUUCUGUUCUUAUCCUGAAGCAAAGUUCUUAACCCGAAGCACUAUUUCUGGGUUAGCAGAGUGUGUAACCUGAAGCGUAUGUAACCCGAGGUACCACUGUACUUAUUUGAAAACUAAGUCCUCUUCUACAAGUUCAGUUUUGAUAAUAUGAAUGGCUCUCACUUACUGCAAGUGAACAAUUACUUCUUAAAACAUCCUAACUAGGGUGAUCUUCUAGUUAAGCUUGGGUUUGUUUUUUAGAGAAAAACGGGUUUGUCAUCAGUGAGAAAAGCACACAUGGACACUCUCUUACAUAAAUUAAGAAAAUUGUCCAGUAGCACCUUAAAGAUCAACUAAGUUUGUUCUGGGUAUAAGCUUUCAUGUGCUUAUAACCAGAACAAACUUAGUUGGUCUCUAAGGUGCUACUGGACAAUUUUUUUAUUUAUCUCAACUGCGUCAGACCAACAUGGCUACCUACCUGAAUCUCUUUUACAUGUUGUUGAAAAGGACACAUGGAAUUUCUCUUACAUGUUGUUGAAAUGGGGUCUAGAAAUUUAAAUUCAAUGAUGACCCGCCUUGCAUUUGGGUACUCCCACUGUGGUCUAAACCACUGAGCCUCUUGGGCUUGCCGAUUGAUAGGUCAGCAGUUCGAAUCCAUGUGACAGGGAGAGCUCCUGUUGCUCUGUCCAAGCUUCUGCUAACCUAGUAGUUAGAAAGCAUAGCAGUGCAAGUAGAUAAAUAGUUACUGCUGAGGCAGGAAGGUAAAUGCUAUUUCCAUGCACUCUGGCACUCGUCACGGUCCUCUGUGCGCCAGUAGUGAUUUAAUCAUGCUUGCCGCAUGACCCGGAAAGCUAUCUGUGAACAAAUGCCGGCUCCCUUGGCCUGAAAGUGAGAUGAGCACCAUACCCCAUUGUCGCCUUUGACUGGAUUUAACCAUCCAGGGGUCCGUUAUCUUUUACCUUUUCAGGAAUAUGGCUUGGAGGGGCAUUGGAAGUUUGGAGUCUUCCCACAGGAACUACCUUUCUGAAGGCUACUUUCCACAGUUGUUUACCAUGGGUUCUGUAAUGGGUGGACCACACCCAAUAUGGAGUCUUGGUUUGGCCGGAAUCUCCUGCCGCUUCCACCACUGCCGUGCUUUUGAAUCUAGCUGCUGCAAAACCACAGUUUGAUUCAAAGCUCCUCCUCACGUUAACCUACCUAUUGCAAGGUUGUUGUUUUUCCCCACCCUCUGUUAUAUAACUCAUAUCUCUACACCAUUCUCUUUAUACCAACACAUCAGCAGAUUGUUACUCAGCGGAGGGAAGUGUGAUAUCUUAUUAGAGCAGAGAGUAUUACAGUGGUGCCCCGCAAGACGAAUGCCUCGCAAGACGAAAAACUCGCUAGACGAAAGAGUUUUCCGUUUUUUGAGUCGUUCCGCAAGACGAAUUUCCCUAUGGGCUUGCUUCGCAAGACGAAACGUCUUGCGAGUUCUUGCGAGUUUGUUUCCUUUUUCUUAAAGCCGCUAAGCCGUUAAUAGCCGCUAAGCCGUUAAUAGCCGCUAAGCCGUUAAUAGCCGCUAAGCCGCUAAUAGCCGUGCUUCGCAAGACGAAAAAACCGCAAGACGAAGAGACUCGCGGAACGGAUUAAUUUCGUCUUGCGAGGCACCACUGUAUUGUGGAUGCUGUGGCUUCUGCUUUGCAUGGAGCGGGGCUCAUAUUCAACCCCUGACAUCUCCAGGUAGCUCUGGGAAUGUCCCUCACCUGAAACCUUGAAGAGCCACUGUCAAAAGUAUGGCGCUUCCCUUGCCUAUUUGGACCCUUUUUCGUCCCAUCCAAUUGCCUGAAUUCCUCCGUUGUCUUCAUUAGAUGGAGCAUGAGUGAGACUAGCCCUUUUCCAAGGACAAAUAUAGGUAGAAUCACAGGGAGGAGGGGACUGGGUUCAUGCCUGCUAGCUCUGUGCCUCUUCUUUAUGCAUUGAUUUAUGCUUUAGAGCUAAACCUACAUAAGUACAUGCACUACUCACAUAGGGUCUGUCUGUGCACUCUGUGUUGAAGAUGCUUGAACUAUUCAUCCAGCAAAUAAUCUAUGUAAUAUAGGUGGAGAGCAGGAUAGAAGGAAAUGACGCAAGUAGAAGAAUGACUAGAUCUUUGCUGCAAGGAGCUUAUUUAAUUUGCAUGCCAAAAUUAAAUUACAUUCCAGGAUUUUCUUUCUAAAAUUGCAGCCAAAUCAAAUCUGGCCUUUUCUCUGGUUUCCACAUUGCAUUUCAUCCUGCUUCUUUGAAACAUAACAAGUGCCUUGUUUUGCAAGUAGCAGAGGGGUAAGCCAGUUUGUUAGCCAAGGGGAAGGGCCAUAUCUCAGUGGUAGAUCACCCACUUUGCCUGCAGGAGUUCCCAGGCUCAAUCCCCAGUAUCUCCAGGUAGGACUGGAAAAAGACUCUUGUCUGGAAUCCUGGAGAGCUUCUGCUAGUCAGUGUAGGCAAAAGGCUAAAUGGACACAGGUCUGACUCAGUGUGAGGCACGUUUCUAUUUCCCUAAAGGAACAUGACAAACAGCUGCAGCUAUAGAGAUGUAGGAACUCCUUUUUAACCAAGGAUGGGGGAACCUGUUUUCCUUCUGAUGUUGCUGGACUACAAUUUCCAUUGGUUCGGCUGGCUGGUGCUGAUGGGAGCUGAAAUCCCAACAACUUCUAGAGGACCAGAGAUUCCCUAUCCCUGUUUAAAGUGCAUAUUCCUAUUCUAGGGAACUAUCUCCCUAUGCCUAAUGUUCCUCCUCUCAGUUAAUACUAGCUUUAAGAUUACUACCCUAUAAUUACAAACCUACAUGACUCUGUAUCACCUUUCUGAGGUCAGGUUCUUGGGCUACAGGGAUGCUAACGGUACUACAUACACCCACUAAUGUGCAGUCGAAAAAGUGUGUGGUAUGAAAUUAUCAAAUUACCCUUUCUCUGACCAUUACUGCCCUUCAUUGGCUGUUGUUUGUGGAAGGCAGGGAUAAUUAUUAUUCCAUUCAUCAGACUGGGUUGCCCCAGCCAUUCUGGGUGGCUUCCAACAAAUCAAAAUGUCAGACAUGAUCAUAGAAUCAAAGAAACAUAGAAUUGUCACAUGUUGUGUUUUAACUACAUAUUAUGAGGUUAGUGGCUCUUGUGUUAGCCACUCUCACUAUAACUCAGGUGUCUCAGACUUUCCUUGCCCUCACAAUCUACUCUUUUAGCUCCAGAACCUGGUUUGGGGGUCUCCAUCAUCUAUAACAGCCAGUAAUUAGUUGGUCUUUGUCUCAGUUUCCUUUCUACAUGCUGAGAUUACUUGGAUACUGUCUCUCAAAUAGCCCAUUCUCCUUUCAUUUCAGGUUCUGUCUUCCAGAUUCCUUUUCUUAAAUGUCUGAAAAUUGUCAGCUCCGCCACCUUCUGUCUCCAUUGCUUUGCUGGGCUCUUUAGCUAUAGGACUAGAUCUGUGCCCGAUUGCAGCAGUUCAAGCUGUAGACACUCACUGCAAUCCAAAUGCUGCCAUGGCUUCCAGUGUUGUAUUGUAGCAAAAGAAACAGCAGUAUUGGCCUUUUCUUUGCGCAGUUGACUGCAACAAAGUCCAAAAGAACACCAAACAAGGUGGUCAAUUGCUCAGACUAAAUAAGAAAAGGAACAAUUGGUUUAUUUUCAAGAUGCUUAAAGCAGAUAAUGAAGCUAACAGAGCUUAGACAGAUUAUGUUGGGAACUAAGUGAAAUUAUUUGUUGUUAAAUUAUAGAUAAUUACUAUACCUGUCACUUUUGAAUAAAGCCUAAUAACUUGAAUUAUCACUGCAGGCAGUAUUCUAUUUUCAGCAUAACUAUCUCUUAGUAUAAAUCAUUGUUGCUGCUUUCUGUGCAAAGAGCAGGGGCAUAUUUAUUUAAUAAAAUGAAGGAUUAGAAGCAAAUGCCCAAAGUGAUGGAAAUGUUAUCCAUUUUGGAAAUCUUUCCUGGCACACUCUAUCAGUUACAAAUUUUGGUGUCCAUAUAGGCUCCCCUUCUCAAACAGUUUUUGAACCCACCAUUGAACAAUUAUUCACAUGAUCUCUGUCCCCAAAGGGAUGUCAACGGAGAGUCUCAGAAGGAAGCAGCACAGAACAUUCAAACCCUCCCGAGGCAAGAAAGUUACUUCUUUAUGUGUGUUGUGGUUUGUAGAAUCUCUAUUGUCUUGUCAUACCCCUGUAGCAAGAACUUGAUAUGUGACCCUGACAGAUGCUCAGAUUUUAAUCUGAAAACAAAUAUUGAAUAUGGUUCCCUUAAGGGUGUAGUUAUGGUGCUCAUAGUAGACAUUCGCCCUAUUCGGAUGUUACACUUGUGUAUAAAAUCAACACACAAAUGGAUCGUGGGGCAACACUGAUCAGCCCCUCCCCUGAUGUGUUACAAACAGCUGCAUGCACUAAGUCUUCUACCCAGCCUAGAACACUGAUCAUGCAGGGUUCUAGGUCAGAUGGAAGCCUUCAUGUGAACAGCUGUAAACAGGACAGAACCCUCCUCCAGAUGUUUGUACUGUAUAUGUGUAUACCCUGUGGUGCAAAGGUUUUCAGCAUGGUCCUGUCCCCCCUUGGGUGUUGAUUUUACACAUGACCAUAUUAGCAGCAUAUAGGGCUUAUAUGCACUCUUAAACCAAAUGGUGGGUGGGCAUACAUUAACCAAUUCUGUAUGAAUGAAAUGCUGAAGGCCUACCCUUCUACAUCUCUGUUUCUGUCUGCAUGUUUAUUUAAAAGGUUAAGUGUCAAACCUAUAAUAUAAAUGAGGUACGAAGAAAUUCCCUGUGUAGGCAGCAGUCAGGUGUUGUCUAGACAAGCGUCCCUUUAGGCAUCUUAAUUUACAGAUCAUCUCUCCCAAUGAAAUGUAAUAAUACUAAGAAUACAGGUCAUUCUUCCUUCAGAAAUGCUUGUUUUUCAUGUGUAUGUACACAUAAAUUGAACUCAACAUUUUAUCCAGGCCAUAGCUGGAACAGACUGGAAGUAGGUUACAUUAGGACAGGAGUUGGUUCAAAUUAAUUUUAGAAUAUAUUGGGAUGAUGGGGGUUGUGGGGAAUGCCUAGCCGAAAAUGGAACUGCAGCUACUUUUAUCACAAAAUGCACGGAAAGGCGUUGGAGCCAUUCACCUGGCAUCUAAGUUAAUUGCUAUAUCUCAGUAGGGACACAGGUGGCGCUGUGAUCUAAACCACAGAGCCUAGGGCUUGCUGAUCAAAAGGUCGGCGGUUCAAAUCCCCGCAACGGGGUGAGCUCCCGUUGCUCAGUCCCUGCUCCUGCCAAGCUAGCAGUUCGAAAGCACGUCAAAGUGCAAGUAGAUAAAUAGGUACCACUCCAGCGGGAAGGUAAACAGCGUUUCCGUGCGCUGCUCUGGUUCACCAGAAGCAGCUUAGUCAUGCUGGCCACAUGACCCGGAAGCUGUACGCUGGCUCCCUCGGCCAGUAAAGCGAGAUGAGCUCCGCAACCCCAGAGUCGUCCGUGACUGGACCUAAUGGUCAGGGGUCCCUUUACCUUUAUCUCAGUAAAAUAUAUUUCAAAUGAUGCUAAUGAUACAGAGAGAGACCUGCUGAGCAAGUGAAUGAUAUAUAAAAUAGUGAGGCAGUUUAACCACACUCUGAUCUUCUUAAGUUCAUAAGCGUCACAUAAACUUGCAGAUGUUGUUGGACUACAACUCCCAUCAACUCAGCCACCAUAGCCAAUGUUCUUGGGUGAUGGGAAUUGAAGUCUAAAGCAUCCCCAUUGCUACUUUUCAACAGGUUCAUAUAACUAUCCCAAUGUGUUUCAAAAAAGAAACAUGUUUAAUGUUCAUGCUUUUCUUCCAUACUAAAAACAUCACCUGCAGUGCUAAUCAUACUUACCUAGAAGCGAAUCCCCCUCAGAAGCAUUGGGAUUUCCUGCUGAAAUCCUUUUCGUACCACAAAUGUUGGGUUUUUUGUUGUUAUUUUUUGGAGAGGGGAGAUAAUUUGUCACCCCCACCAAACAGCAAUAAUGUGGUAUCAUUGGAGAAGAAUUGCAGAACAACUGAUGAAGCAGAAUUAAAUCCUUCAUUAAUGCACUAUUAUUGUGUCAAAAACCUGUUGUGGAAUAUGCCAACCAAAACACCAAACUGGAGAGGUUUAGGUACCAGAAUCACAGUUUAUGUGUAAUUUUUCAGUUUAGUGGUAUUAUUUGGGGCUGAUGGUAGAUUUAACACUGAUGCAUAUAACAAUGCCAGUGGUGUUGUAUGGGGCUGGGAUUGCAAAGAUUUUUCAGGGGAAUAUGAAUUUAGGUCCCUCAGCCGGACACAAUAUCGGGGCCAGGGGAAGUGGCAAUGUCCCAGGAGCAUGCUUGACUUCAUUUACAUGCAUAGGAUCUAAUCUUCCUGCUUUAUGUGUAGCGGCAGCAGAAGACAGCUUGUGGCCUCUCAUCCAGCAACUACCAGCCAGUGUGGUGUAGUGGUUAAGUGUGGUGGACUCGUAAUCUGGUGAACCGGGUUCGCUUCCCCGCUCCUCCACAUGCAGCUGCUGGGUGACUUUGGGCCAGUCACACUUCUCUGAAUUCUCCCAGCCGCACUCACCUCACAGAGUGUUUGUUGGGGGGGAGGGAAAGGAGAUUGUUAGCCGCUUUGAGACUCCUUAAGGGGAGUGAAAGGCGGGAUAUCAAGUCCAAACUCUUCUUCUUCUUCUUCUCCCCCCCCCCCCAUGACACAGACAUGCACACUUCCCUGAAUUCCUCUGGAAUGACACAUUGAAUAUCUACGUAUAACUUGUCCAAAAUUAUCUUGUUUUGUAUCUUGUAUUGUACAUGUCUUUUAUUAUUAUUAUUUUAUCCCAUGAGCCACCUAGAAUCAGAAAAGCAGCCUAUAAAUAUUUUACAAUAAAUAGCUGUUUCAUCUUCCAUUCCAUAGGCAUGAGAUAGGGAUGGAAGGGGGCAGAAUGGCAAUUGGAAAGUUCCUUUGCUGUGCCUGUUGGUGCCACAGACCCCCUUCCUUCCUUCCUGAAUAAUAAUAAUAAUAAUAAUAAAGCACCACCACAGUAAGCAUGUUAACCCUGUGAAUUGGGAAGAGUUAUGUUUCAGAAGGGGCAUUUAUAACUUGGAUAAAUUCCUUCCCCUCACCCCACUCACAAGACCUGUCGAUGACAAGAAAACUUUUGUGGAAAUACUACUUUUUUGUGUGACAACAGAAGGAAAACCAGAAAAAGGCAUAUUGAGCCUUAACCUUUAAUGUCCCUUAAUGUAACCAAAUUACAUAGUCAGAGAUAGAUAACUUCUGUCCUAGGUACUUUAUCUAGUAAAAUCUCCCAAGUGCUAUAUUUUUACAAAGGCUAACUUCUCAAACCUCAUGACACAUUUCAUUAGUAUCCUAGGGGGGUUGCUUAAGUAUAUUAUUAGAAUGACUCAUUUUUCUGUCCAGCUAAUCUCUGUAGCCUGGAUAUUGUAGCAAUAAUUGACAGAUAAAGAUAGGUUAACGCAAAUGUGCCUUUUCUGUAGAGAUUAGGAAGUGCAAACUUACUGCUUUUCUGUUGUUGUUGAGUACCCAUAAUGGAGUAUGUUGCCAUGUCCCUUUCUGUCCUUUACAAGCAUUAUCUGUAAUAAUAGUUUAUAAAAAGUUUGGUGUCAUUGCUGUGGAGAUGGGAGUGGGGCAGCUUGAAACUUAAAAACAACCUUUUCAGCAUUUACUCAUUUAAAAUCAUUGCCGUUGGCCAUUGCUUUCUGUUACAGCUCAUUCUCUUUUCCUAAUUUCAAGUAAUGAAUAGUGAUGAGUUUUUAUCAGAUUAUGCAGAAUCUGUGAGGAACGGCUCAUAGAACCAUUUCUCUCUGCACAUGUCCGAAAUAGAAAACUAUAUCCUAAGUUUGUUUAUAAGGAGCAUAUCAGAAAUGUACCCACUGUUUCAUUUCCUGCAUUUCAUAUACCCAACUCCAAUUUUCUGCCAUUUUUAUUGAAAGCCCACUUCAGUGCAUUAUCCAAGCUCUUGCUAGCAAACAAAAUCUCUGAGAUGACAUAUCCAUUAUUGGGGAUGAUUGAGGCAAUGGCAUCAGCUAACUUCCUGAAACAGACAUCUCCAAUAGAGUAAUAGCUAUCAGUUAGAUAGAUUAUAGUAUGAUAAGAAACAAGCAAAACAUGAACAAAUAAUACUUGUAUAAAGGAAAAGCACAUAGUAACCCAUUACAAGCACAGCACAGACAUCCUCCCAUGCUUUCACACCUGAUUAAAUCCCAGGGUUGUAGCAGAAAAAGGAAGAAAUGAGCCGAAGUGGAAUGGAGGACAGGAAAUAGGCAGAGUCUCUAAACAGUAUCAUCCACCAGUGAUUGUCCACCGGCAGAAAGGACUUCUGCUUGGACAAGAGGGCUUCCCCAUUCUCUCUUUCCUGCAGACUCUCAGAAGCUUCUCUGGAGGAUUCACGGACCUUCAGGAGCAGAUUGGGGGGGGGGUACUCAGGGACCUGCACAGAGUGGAGUCCAUCUACAAAUAAAUGAUCAACACAGAUUCAUUUAUUACUACCCAGUGCUGGGAAUAGACACAACAUUGCUUUCAAUAAAUCACCACCACAAACAAAUUUAUUAUUCUCCCGCAGAAGACAGUAUGCUGAAACGUAGUGGACAUACUGUUUCUUUUGAUAACUGUUUAUAGCCUGAGCAUUAUUUUGAGGCUUUGCACUUUACCAUACCACUUAUUUAGUAUGAUGCAAUAUCAGUCCCACCUAGUUGUUUUCAAUUGAGAGUAAAUGGCCCUUCAAGAAAAGCUUGCCAGGCUUUUCAGAUACCUGAGGUCCUAUUUGCUGCUCCCCUCCCACUAAGGACCUUAUGCAAGUCCCUUAAGUGGAGCCCAUUUACAAGGACAGCCAUUGCAUUAAUGAGUCAUUUGAAAAUUGCUAUCCAACUCCAAUAUAAAAAUCCAGCAUGAUAAAAAACUAGUAGGAGGUAGUAAUGUUGCCUCCUUUUGAAUCCUAAGCUCCUAGCUUAUUGCUGGGCAUAAAGAGGCUGCAGUGGUUAAGGCAAACCUUAACUUUAAGGCAGGAGUUUUGACAUAUGACCAUGGAUGGUGUAGAACAAAUGCAUAACAGGACUUGGGAAUUCAAUUUUUUUUUGUUUCUGAAAUUAGUCCCUAUUCCUUUCACUUCCCCAGUUGUCAUAGAUUCUUUGUUCCUGUUGUUCCCACAGGGAGCAGCUUCAUCCCUUCACCUUUGUGCUAUGUGGUUUGGUCUAUGUGGUGAGAAUACCACAGGGAACAUGCAAAGCACAAUAAGCACCACUAUCACAGUGCCAAGAAAAAGCAGCAGAAAUAUGUUGGUGGAAGAAGAUAAAGCCACCUGACUUUGCAUGUUUUUAUCCUCUCUGCAUGAUGAAAGCACCACUCAGAGAUAGAAUCAGCACAAAAAGAACCUAGGAAACCAUCCUUUUGUAGAAUAAAGUGGUAACAGAGAAAGAAAAUGAAAACAUCACACUCUGCCUAGUCUUGGAAAUGUUAAAAUGCAUCCUGCAAAUUCUGGUUGUUGGUGGGUUUAACCAUUAGGCAGAACACUUACAGCCUACUUUGCAGCAUGCUUGUAUAUGCUGCUCUCUGUAUGCUGUGCAUUUGAAAAGUUAAGCCACUUCAGCCUUCUCACCCAAGGCCAUGUUGAGCAUCUGCAGUCACAACUCUUUUUUCUGCAUAAGAGGUGUGCAGGUGUUAAGCUGCCUUUGACACAAGGGAUUUUGCUUGUAUCACUUAUAUGGAUUUGUGCAUUUACAUUUUAAAGCCCAAGUCUUUAAAAUGUUAUCACACUAAUACAGGAGGUCUUUCACUUCACCAGACUCUGAAAGCUGCUCUCACAUGUAAUGAAAACUUUUGUAUGGCAUUAUGUUUAAGCUACCCUGUUCCUGCACUCAAUUAAUACAUCUACCUUUAUAAAAAGGGCACCUUCUGGUUUGAGUGAGUCAUGCCUCCUUUUUCUCUUGAAUGUUCGAGGCAUUUCCAGGCAUGGGGGCUUGCGAGUGUCAGGUAUACUCUAUCAGACACUCACAAGCCCAAACGGGAUUGCACUGAUCCCUGCAGGAAAAGCCUGGGUCACUUCAGCACAAGGAUACAGUCGUACCUUGAUUCUCGAAUGUAAUUAAUUUUGGAAGUCCUUUUGACUUCCAAAAUGUUCGAAAACCAAGGCGUGGCGUCCGACUGGCGCAGGCACCCCAGAAACAAUAGCCAACAGCCACAUCAGACGUUCGGCUUCCAAAAAACGCUCGAAAACUGGAGCGCUUACUUCCGGGUUUUCGGCGUUUGGAAGCUGAAAUGUUCAAAUACCAAGGCAUUUGAGAACCAAGGUUCCGCUUUGGAAACAUUUGGUUUCCUCUUUAGAAAAGCAAACACCCAAUCAAGUGAGCUGCCACAGGGUGGGAGAAGACAAGGAGAUAAGAGGGCAUCGGCUGGUAAAAGAUUAGAACUAUGUAUUGUAGUGGCAGAGGACCCCUACUCAGAAGAAAGUUCUGUUGUGUUCAGUGGGAUUUGCUUCCUAAUAAGUGUGUUUAGUAUCGUUGCUUAAAUAUGGCCGUGGGGAAAAGGUAUUAUAGUGCAAACCUUGUCUUGUAGAAACGGUCAUGUGGAGACCUGUACAGGCAGACAAGGUAUUCUAUCCAUAUGAAGCCACAUGGAGACUCCAGUUAUAUGAAAUGGGCCCUAGGUUUUUUCCCCUGUUCCCAGUAGCUAUCAUGCAUAAUGAAUAGAAAUCCCACACACAAAUUUACUUCUUGUGCAAAAGCUAGUUUAGAAAAGGGUGUGUAUUCUUUUUUAAAGUGUUUUGCAAGUCCUCAUUCAUUAUUAUUUUUUCCACUGUAUGAUUUAAACUUCAAAAAGGUUUUUAAUGCACAAGGAGGGGUUGCCAUGUUGAUAAAAACCACUUUGAUGCUAGCAACAACACCUUCUGGAGGAAACAUGAAGAAAAUCUUGCUAAUGAAUUUGUAUGAAGAAGUACAAGUUAUUAAAGCAAGCAUAGCUCAGUGCAUGUGUAGAUUAUAAAUGAGGGUGGCAGAAAUUUUAAACUCAAUUCACACUAAGCGUACGUGAUGUUAUGGCACAGUUCACUACAUUAAGCUGUUUCAUUUGCUAGCGUAGUAAUGUUCAUGUAUUGAUAGCUGAACUGUAAGAAUCCUCUCUCUUGAAAAGCAGGAAACAUUGUUCAUUGAUGCAACAAAGGGUAAUAACAAAGCAAGAUGUCACACUACUUUUAUUUGCAUUUUAGGUCAGCCUCAAAACAUGUAGAUAAAGACCUUGGAAAUAUAGAGGAAAACAAAAAGUUAGAAGAAAACAAUCACAAAUCGGAAGCUUGAGAACUUGUCAGUCACCACCAUUCCAGGUAGGUGUGAACAACUUCAUAAUGUCGUCUAUCUGUACUCUGUAUAUGAUUUGAAUGGCUUUUAGUCUCUGCAUUGCUGAAGUGUUUGUACUAUUUACACAUCAAGAUGAACCUAGGUUUAUCUGCUCAACAUUUGGAAGGCCUUCAGAAACGCUUUCAGUUGCUUGGGGCUUUCUGUGGUGGUAUUUGGAAAACAGACAACGGUUAUCACCUCACCAAGAGACAAACUGUUAUCAAUAGUAUCUUAUCAAUUGUUAUCAAUAGAAUCUGUUAUCAAUAGAAUCUAUCUUGGACUUCCUAAGACCUCUAAACACUUUAGCACCACACUGUUCACUAAAAUAACACACACUGUUCACUAAAAUAACGGAAGCAACUCCAGGGCUAAGUAUAAACUCCUGGAUGUCUUCUAGGUCAACCAGUGUGCCUGUUUUGACUGGAUAUGAACUCCUGGUUCAAACAGGCCACUCUGUCCACCACCAAUCACUGCAAUUUAUCUAUAUGUCUCUGUACACCAGGGGCUCAGUGCUAUUUGUUUAAUCUUUUUCUCGAAGGACAAAAGUUCCAAAGAAUAUCUAGCCAUGACAGAUUACAGGUGGGUUGUGCUGCUUCAAAGCAGUAAGUUGGACUGGGUUUGUUCUGACGGCAGUUCUAUACCACUGUGAAGAGACUUUCUUUUCAGAAGCCCUGUGCUAGCAGUCUCCAGAAGCAAAGUAUGAAUAGUUUUUUGGUCCAAAAAAAAUAAUCUGGAAACAUUUCAGAAUGAGUAACACUGGGACCAAGACUCAAGAGUUAGACUGUGUACAUUAAAAUUACAUCCUGGGCUAAGUGUAGUCUACCGCUUACAGAGCUGCAAUUUCUAGCACACUUUACAAUCUACAGUUACCAAUAUUGGGGGUGGGGUGGGGGAAGGAUGCUUUAAUUGUAUGCAAGAUAAGACAAAGAGCUAAGGCAAAAAAGAGAAUGCAGUCAAUGUUUAGGAAAGCCUCAGGAACAGAGCCUCGGGCAAUAGGGCCAGCACUGACCGAGGGCUUGCUCAGCACUGUCAUGGCACCUUUGUAACUUUUCAAAAGUCAGUCGAAAGAUUCAAAACCAUUUAUGAUUUUGGAAAAAAAAAUUAAGACUUGCUGGUGAAUUAUAAUGCACUCUUCAUUGUUGUGCGUUUCACGGUGUUCUAUGGUAGCCUUCAUUUAUUUCUUCCUUUUUUAUUUUUAUGGCAUGCAUUUUAUGUGGGAAAACUAAUAUCCCUCGCCUCGCCCCCCCAUUUGUGUAUUAUCAUCAACAUAUAAGUUCAUCUUGACUGACCUUGUUUUUUCUCAUUUUCAGAGAAUAAACAUAGACCAACUGAAGCAUGA